UUUUCAGUGUAAUCCUCUUGCUCAGACGCCCCCCAGCGACCAGGUGUGGAGCAGCCACGGGGGGCAGAUGGCGUGUCUCAGUGGCUCACAUGUCUGCAAACAUGCUGCCUUAUUUGUGUUAUGUGGACUCAUGAGGAGCCUCCUGAGUGAUGCCAGCUCAAUGCGCCUGGACGUCUAUUCUCACUCUCCUGGUGUGGCUCGGCGUAGCCAGAGCAGGCCCUUUCUCUCCUCGGUCCAAUGUGACCCUCCCGGCCCCUCGGCCCCCUCCCCAGCCAGGGGGCCCUUCUUCUCAGCUGUACGAGCACACCGUGGAAGGAGGGGAGAAGCAGGUGGUGUUCACACACCGCAUUAACCUGCCCCCUUCAGCUGGCUGUGGCUGUCCCCCGGGCACUGAACCCCCGGUGCCUGCUUCAGAGGUGCAGGCCCUGAAGGUCCGUCUGGAGAUCCUGGAGGAGCUGGUGAAAGGGCUCAAGGAGCACUGCUCAGGAGGGUGCUGUCCCACGGCCGCCCAGGCUGGCACGGGCCAGACGGAUGUGCGCAGCCUCUGCAGCCUCCACGGUGUCUUUGACCUGAGCCGCUGCGCCUGUUCCUGCGAGCCUGGCUGGGGUGGACCCACCUGCUCAGACCCUACGGACACUAAGACGCCCACCUCGUCCCCACCCUCAGCCUCCAGGACCUGUCCCGAUGACUGCAACGACCAGGGUCGCUGCGUCCGAGGACGCUGCGUGUGCUUCCCAGGCUACAGCGGCCCCAGUUGCGGCUGGCCCUCGUGCCCCGGAGAUUGCCAGGGGCGCGGACGCUGCGUGCAGGGUGCGUGCGUGUGUCGCGCUGGCUUCUCGGGCCCCGACUGCAGCCAGCGCUCCUGCCCGCGCAACUGCAAUCAGAGGGGCGGAUGCGAGGACGGACGCUGCGUGUGCGACCCCGGCUACUCCGG